GAGCACGGGUGAGGGGACAGGGGAGUGCUGUGCUUCAGUGGCGCUUGCUCCACCCCAGUUGCUCUAGCAAUUUUUUUCCCUUGGUUUCCCUCCUCUUUCUGGCUGCGCUUUUGUCUCUCUUGUGCUCUCCAAGAAACCAAUCCAUCCAUCCGGCGCAUCCGCCCGUCCGGAAAUCGAUCCCGACUCGCCGCCGGCUCGAUCCCCGCUCUCACGUCGCCUUUCGCCCGGAGGGCCGCCGCCGCCGAGGGCGACGCGUGGCGGGCACCGCACCCGUGCGCCGCUUCGCCGACGUCUGCGCCGCCUGGCCUGGGGCGGAAUGCGUCAGCUGUAGAGGACGGCCACGGCACCUCCCCCGGAAGACGGUGAAUUCUGCUUCGCUUUCGGUUGUUCGUAAACUAGAUGAGACCUGCAAGAGCUAAAUGGUGGCAGUGACUGACGUUCAGAUGAGUUCAGUUGUGCUAGCAGUAGUAAGCAUUGCAUUUUUCAGCUUGCAGUUCCUGCGAGCUCAUGGAAGCGAACUGCUUCUGAGCUGUGGCUCGAACGGCACUGUUGAUGCUGAUGGGCGGAGAUGGAUUGGCGACAUGGCCCCUGGGGGGAAUUUUACCUUGAGCAGCCCUGGGCUUGCCGCACCACUGGCCGGAAAGAGAAAUUCCGAUGAAAUCUUCGGGCCGGUUUACAGUUCUGCCCGCUUCUUCAGCACAACAACUUGGUAUACCAUUAGUUUGCUGCCAGGAAGUUACUGCAUCAGACUGCAUUUCUUCCCUACCACAUAUGGGAAUUUCAGUGCAAACAAUUCUGAGUUUGAUGUCACUGCAAAUUAUUUCAAGCUUGUUUCAAAGUUCAAUGUAUCAGAGGAGAUUGUUUGGAGAAACUCUGCGAGCAAUUCAGUCAUCAAUGCAGUUGUCAAGGAGUACUUUCUUGUGGUUGAUGCUAAUGGCCUGAAGAUUGAGUUUGAUCCAAGCCCUGGGUCAUUUGCAUUUGUAAAUGCAAUUGAGGUCAUGCUCACCCCAGAUAAUUUGUUCAAUGAUUCGGUGAGCAAAGUUGGUGGUGCAGGUGUGCAGCUUCCUCUUGGCUUGAGUGACAGAGGUGUCGAGACAAUGUACCGGCUGAACAUUGGAGGCCCUGCACUUAAAUCGGCCAGUGAUGAGUAUCUCCAUAGGCCAUGGUACACUGAUGAAGCAUUCAUGUUUUCUACAAAUGCUGCUCAGACCGUUUCCAAUGCUUCAAGCAUAAUGUAUGUCUCAAGCAAUGACUCCUCAAUUGCCCCAAUCGAUGUCUACGAGACUGCAAGAAUUAUGGGCAACAACAUGGUUGUGGACAAGAGGUUCAACGUAUCGUGGCGAUUCUAUGUCCACCCAAACUUUGAUUACUUAGUCCGUCUUCAUUUCUGCGAGCUUGUCUAUGACAAGCCCAGCCAGAGGAUCUUCAAGAUCUACAUCAAUAACAAGACUGCUGCGGAGAACUAUGAUGUGUAUGCCAGGGCUGGGGGAAUUAACAAAGCGUAUCAUGAGGACUUCUUUGACAACUUGACACAGCAGGCAGACUCACUUUGGCUUCAACUAGGCGCCGAUUCCAUGACCAGCGCUUCAGGUACUGAUGCACUUCUGAAUGGUUUGGAAAUAUUCAAGCUCAGCAGGAAUGGUAACCUCGAUUAUGUGCUUGGUCAUAUUGACAUGGGCAACCAGAGGGAUUCUUCAAAGGGGGGGAAGAGGAAAGAAUUAUGGGAAGAAGUUGGUAUUGGCUCAGCUUCUGUAGUGGCACUUACAAGUGUUGUUCUGGCCUCAUGGUGUUAUAUAAGAAAGAAACGAAAAGCUAUCAAGAAGGAGGCCCCUCCCGGUUGGCAUCCGCUGGUCCUUCACGAGGCUAUGAAAAGCACUACAGAUGCCCGUGCAGCCAGUAAAUCAUCCUUGACACGAAAUGCCUCUUCCAUUGGUCAUAGGAUGGGAAGAAGAUUCAGCAUUGCAGAGAUUAGGGCUGCCACAAAGAACUUUGACGAAUCCUUGGUCAUUGGUUCUGGAGGAUUUGGCAAGGUCUACAAAGGUGAGAUCGAUGAGGGCACUACUGUGGCGAUCAAACGUGCUAACACAUUAUGUGGCCAGGGUCUGAAAGAAUUUGAAACGGAGAUUGCGAUGCUUUCCAAGCUUCGGCACCGGCACCUUGUUGCAAUGAUUGGCUAUUGUGAAGAGCAGAAGGAGAUGAUUCUGGUCUACGAAUACAUGGCUAAGGGGACACUGAGAAGCCACCUCUACGGGAGUGGCCUCCCUCCUCUUACAUGGAAGCAAAGGAUUGAUGCAUGCAUCGGUGCAGCCCGUGGGCUUCACUACCUCCACACAGGAGCAGACCGAGGUAUAAUCCACCGGGAUGUAAAGACUACCAACAUUCUGUUGGAUGACAACUUUGUUGCCAAAAUAGCAGAUUUUGGGUUGUCAAAAACUGGACCAACACUUGACCAGACCCAUGUUAGUACUGCAGUCAGGGGAAGCUUCGGAUACCUAGAUCCUGAGUACUUUCGGAGGCAACAACUCACACAAAAAUCCGAUGUGUAUUCUUUUGGAGUGGUGCUCUUUGAAGUUGCUUGUGCAAGGCCAGUGAUAGACCCCACGUUGCCAAAGGAUCAAAUCAACUUGGCAGAAUGGGCGAUGAGAUGGCAGCGCCAGCGUUCGCUGGAAGCAAUCAUGGAUCCUCGGCUUGAUGGUGAUUUUUCAUCAGAAUCCUUGAAGAAGUUUGGUGAGAUCGCAGAGAAAUGUCUCGCUGAUGAUGGGAGAAGCAGGCCAUCAAUGGGCGAGGUCCUGUGGCAUCUUGAGUAUGUGCUGCAGCUUCAUGAAGCUUACAAGCGACAUGUAGAUUCUGAAUCAUUUGGAAGCGGUGAAUUGGGUUUUGAUGACAUAUCCUUUAGCCUUCCUCACAUCAGAGAGGGAGAAGAGGAACAUCACUCAAAACCAUCAAGUAUCAGGGAGGAACCGGACACUUGAGGUUUUCUAACUCCUGAGGACCCACCACAAAUCUUGCUUUAUAGCCAUGGUCUUGAUGUAAAGUUGUGUUAUAUUGUUCUCUUAGGUUUUCUUUAGCUGUCAGUUGCUUCGUAUUCUUUUGGGCGUUCACCUGCUUGACAAGUGUAGAAUAAUAGGAUUUUUUUUGUGUAGAUUACCAAACUGGGGAAAAAGGACACAGAAGUGUCAAAUUUUUCCUUGACAUCUGUAUGAUGCAAUUUGCAUAACCACCGUCCAUGUACUUCUGUCUGUGACCUGUAUAAAUGGCACUGAUAAUUAUAGCUUUAUCUUUGAACUUGCUGAAUACAUUGUUGACAUGGCUUCUAUGUA